AUGGCGAAUUUGAAUGCGUAUGAUGAUAUGGAGAAAGCCCUUGAUGAAUCUGGUGUAGAGUUGACAACUCCUGUGGUUUGCAAGAUCUUACAAAGGCUUCAAUACGAGGAAAAGACGGCUUUGAGGUUCUUUACUUGGGCUGGUCAUCAGGAACAUUACUCACAUGAGCCUAUUGCUUAUAAUGAGAUGAUUGAUAUAUUGUCUAGUACUAAGUACAAGAACAAGCAGUUUAGGAUUGUGGUUGAUAUGUUUGAUUACAUGAAGAGAAACAACAAAACCGCUGUUCCUGCUGAUGUUCUGUUGGAGAUUCUUAGGAAGUAUUGUGAGAGGUAUUUGACUCAUGUUCAGAAAUUUGCCAAGAAGAAACGGAUUAGAGUGAAGACGCAGCCUGAGAUUAAUGCUUUUAAUAUGCUUCUUGAUGCUCUGUGUAAGUGUGGUUUGGUAAAGGAGAGUGUAGUUUUGCUUAGAAGGAUGAGGCAUAGAGUUAUACCUGAUGCGAAUACAUUCAAUGUCUUGUUCUUUGGGUGGUGUAGAGUGAGAGACCCUAAAAAGGCGAUGAAGCUGCUUGAAGAGAUGAUUCAAGCUGGUCAUAAACCGGAGAAUUUCACGUAUUGUGCUGCCAUUGAUACUUUCUGCCAAGCUGGGAUGGUGGAUGAUGCAGCUGAUUUGUUCGAUUUCAUGAUAACCAAAGGCUCUGCAGUCUCUGCUCCAACUGCAAGAACGUUUGCUUUAAUGAUUGUAGCGUUGGCAAAGAAUGAUAAAGUAGAAGAAUCCUUUGAGCUAAUUGGGCGUAUGAUAAGCACAGGUUGCCUUCCUGAUGUGUCAACCUACAAGGACGUAAUUGAAGGUAUGUGUAUGGCUGGAAAGGUUGAGGAAGCGUACAAGUUCUNUGAGAUUAAUGCUUUUAAUAUGCUUCUUGAUGCUCUGUGUAAGUGUGGUUUGGUAAAGGAGAGUGUAGUUUUGCUUAGAAGGAUGAGGCAUAGAGUUAUACCUGAUGCGAAUACAUUCAAUGUCUUGUUCUUUGGGUGGUGUAGAGUGAGAGACCCUAAAAAGGCGAUGAAGCUGCUUGAAGAGAUGAUUCAAGCUGGUCAUAAACCGGAGAAUUUCACGUAUUGUGCUGCUAUUGAUACUUUCUGCCAAGCUGGGAUGGUGGAUGAUGCAGCUGAUUUGUUCGAUUUCAUGAUAACCAAAGGCUCUGCAGUCUCUGCUCCAACUGCAAGAACGUUUGCUUUAAUGAUUGUAGCGUUGGCAAAGAAUGAUAAAGUAGAAGAAUCCUUUGAGCUAAUUGGGCGUAUGAUAAGCACAGGUUGCCUUCCUGAUGUGUCAACAUACAAGGACGUAAUUGAAGGUAUGUGUAUGGCUGGAAAGGUUGAGGAAGCGUACAAGUUCUUGGAUGAGAUGAGCAAUAAAGGUUACCCGCCUGAUAUUGUCACUUACAAUUGCUUUCUUAGGGUAUUGUGUGAGAAUAGAAAGAGCGAUGAAGCACUUAAACUGUAUGGAAGAAUGGUAGAAUCACGUUGUGCUCCUAGCGUCCAGACAUACAACAUGCUGAUAUCUAUGUAUUUCGAAAUGGAUGAUCCUGAUGGAGCAUUCAAUACAUGGAAAGAAAUGGAUGAAAGAGACUGUUUUCAAGACAUUGAAACCUACUGUGUUAUGAUCAAUGGGCUUUUCGACUGUCACAGAGCUAAGGAGUCCCCAAUUCUGACCAAGAAUCAUGAUCUCGAAAGCAAAGAGACCUAUCCAGGUCUGUUGUUGUCUGAUGGUUAUAUUGGUUUCUUUGGAAAAGGUCCCACCACGCACACUAAGAUAAACGAGGUUUCACCAGUUCUGGUAACGGGUUCAAGUCUCAAGAAAAUAUUGGUGAAGACUCAAGACAUGACAGUUGGUCUGUCAGCAUUUUGGUGA